CCAUUCCCGUGAAGCGGGGAAGCCAAAGCUAUUGCCUGCAUCCCCGCGGCUGCUUCUUCCCACGUCCACACAACCACAAGAAACGUCGGGGACUCGCCGGUGAUCGAUCCCCAUCACUCGCCGGCGAUCGGUCCAGACACGACCAAUGGCAGAAAGCGCGGCGAUAGCACCACCACCACAACCAAUGACACCACCGCAACCAAUGGCAGAAAACGCAACGGAGGCACCACCACAACCAAUGGCACCACCGCAACAAAUGGCGGAAAACGCAACAGCGGCACCACCACCACAACCAAUGGCGGAAAACGCAACGGCGGCACCACCACCACAACCAAUGGUGGAAAACGCAACGGUGGUUGUGGUGGUGCCACCACCACCGCCAGACAGCACCACAACAUUCCUCUGCCUCAUCCUCGCCUUCUUCCUCCCUCCCCUCGGCGUUUUCCUCAAGUACAAAUGCGAGAUUGAAUUCUGGAUCUGCCUCAUCCUAACAUUCUUGGCCUACGCGCCGGGCAUCAUCUACGCCGUCUGGGUGAUCGUAAAGUAGAGAUUGCGCCCAUGAACGUUAGGACAACAGGGAUUUGAUUCUUCUCUUCGAAUCCCAGACAUAGAAGAAAAGAAAGACUUCACAGAGGCAAGAACAAUUUGGGAAAUCCCAGGGGGAAAUGAUGCCGUUGGAAUGUGGCGACUAAAGGAUUUGUCGCCUCAGUUUUAGGCUAUGUCUCUUUUUCACCUUCCAUGUUUUGGUGCUGAGAAUUGGUUAUUGUUAUCUGGGAAAUUAACAAUAACAGGUUGUGUUGUCAUUGACAUAUCGUGGCUGCAAAAUUCCAGAGAAACAUGUCA